AAAUUUUUCUGCCGCGAACAAUGAAACAACAAAAUAGUGUCGAAUUUUUUUCUGAGUUCAGAAAAGUCCGUUGAUAUAUCCCCACAAAAAUAUCCGUAUAUUUGCAAAAAAUAAUAAUAAUAAUAUUGUCAAAGAAAUAUACAUCAAUACUCGAUAUAUCAAUAUUCAACGUUGCAAGUAGCACGGGGAAAAGAUGGCGAAAAGUUUCGGUUGUGCGUGCGCGCAAAUUGCAAUUCUCCUUACGAUAUACAGUGCAAUUGAAAUAACGUCGGCAAGGUCCAAUCCGGAUGCCUAUUAUCCGCUCGACACAAAGCUCACAUUCAUCAAUGCCCACGAUGUGGUUCGACUGCCAGCGACGGGCGACGACCAAGCAGUCAAUCGUCAGAAGCGUGCCGCAACGGCAGACUCAUCGGCGGCGGCAGUGGCAGCGGCAGCAUCAGCGCCGGCUGGCAUAACGCCGGAUGCAAAGAGUCAGUACCAAAGCGUCAGUACCAAUGGGAAUGCCAGUGCUGUGGCCGGUGGCACGGAGACCACGGUUACCACCGUCGACAGCAAGACGGGAGCGGGAGCAGCGGGCGGCAGUGUCUCGUACAAUGUGCACAAUGUGGGCGCCAAUGGUACCGGACAGCGAAAGGAUUACAGUGUCCAGAAUGCCGAUGGAUCAUCGAACCCCACAGCCAACGCCAACAGCACCACCACCACCAUCAAUAUGGCGGGCAAGAAGCCCACCCAGCUGUUGGGGGGCAACCAAUCGCAGUAUCCGAAAAAGGUGGCCGCUUCCGCACCGAUUGUGCCGCUGCAGAUGCCGCUGCCGGCUGGUGGGGCCAGCUCAACGGAUCGCAACAAUGAGGACUGGACGGAUGUGGAUGUGACCGAUGUGGAUGUCUCCGAGGAGGUGAUCAACAAGGGCAUCAUCAACGACAGCCUGAACCGCACCGAGGACUACCACGAGUACUACAACAGCACCCUGUAUAUCAACAAGGCGGAGGCCGCAGCGCUGUGGUCCCAGCUGCGUACAGUGCCCGAGAACAGUAUGUUGUCGUCGUCGCAUCGUCGCGCCAUGACCGUGGAGCUGCAAUUCGAUUUCCCCUUCUAUGGGCAUUAUGUGCGCAACAUAACCGUUGCCACCGGCGGCUUCCUAUACACCGGCGAGUAUGUGCACUCCUGGCUGGCGGCCACCCAAUAUAUUGCGCCCCUGAUGGCCAAUUUCGAUACAAGCAUGUCCAGCGAUUCGGUUGUCCGUCUGCACGAUAAUGGUACCGCCUUUACGGCCGUCUGGGAGAACGUGACGCUUCAGGAUAAGCCGGACUAUGGCAAGUUCACGUUCAGCGUGACCCUGCACCAGAGCGGCGACAUUGUGUUUGGCUAUUUCCAGGUGCCCACGCAAAUCAACUCGAUCCAGGACAAUCAGCAUCCGGUUAAGGUGGGCCUCUCGGAUGCCUACAUCAUUGACAAGCAUCUCUACUUUGCCCGUCGGAAGACCAUCUAUGAGUACCACCGAGUGACCUUCCAGCGUAAGGAGAUCACCAAUGCCACCAUUAUCAUACUGACGGCCCUGCCCACCUGUCUGGGCUACAAUGAUUGCCAGUCGUGCAUUAACCAUAACACAACCUUUGCCUGCUCCUGGUGCCCCGCGCUGAAUCGCUGCUCCACGGGUACCGAUCGCAAGAAGCACGAAUGGAUACAAAAGGGCUGCGAUACAACAUCCAUGCAUGAUAUUGGCUCUUGUCCGGCUCUCGGCGAAAAGGGCAACAAUGCCGGCCAGGAGAAGACAGGCACUGCGAGCAGCGGUAGCGGCAGUGGCACUGGCAGUGGUAACUUAUCGACCGCAUCGCCUGCCUUCUCGGCGCCAACAGAGCCAACGCUGAGCAGCACGCGAGCACCGCGAGCAACUGCCUCAACGAAGACAGCAGCCGAUUCAAGCAGCACGGCGGAAAGGAAGCUCAUGAAUGCCGACGAGCUGUCUCAGGCGCAGGCCGAGAACAAGAGCGUGGGCAUGGCAUUUGGUUUCAUGGUGCCCAUUUGCAUGGUGUUCGCCGUGACGUUGUGGCUCUUCUAUGCGUACCGCAAUCCGCACACAAAGAGCGGUCAGCUUUUAAUUCAGUCCAAGCAUUUGCAUCAGUUCCGUCCCAGCCAGUGGUCUUGGAGGCGCGGUGAGGCGCGCUACACUGCAGCCACGAUACACAUGUAAAGAGAGGUAGAAAGAGA